CUGGGGAAUAACCUUAAACACGAUGACGUUCUUUGUUUGAAUGGUCGCACACCAGUGAUUCAUCAGCAAACUCAACGUUAUAUUCCCAGUACCACAUGGAAGUGCUGCUCAAAAGAUUUCUUUUGCAGGUCACACACCAGAGCUUCAUCAUCAGGCUUAAGACUUUGAUCCACUUUUUCGAUACGUUUGAGCUUUGUAGCUCCAGUAAAAAUUAACGAUAAAGAAAUCGUGAACACCAGGAAAUAUGAAUUUAGACCAGACUAAGAACCACAUUUAGUCUAUUGAAACGAGGAGCGCAUCCCAUUUAUAAGAAAAAAACCGGAUUUUCCGGUGGGAACCGGGCCUUUCCUCUAUAGUCUACAAAUAAAACUUUAAAAAUGCAUGUUCUUCUUUGCUCACUAGGAAGGUGCCUUAUAUCUGUCAAUGCUUCCGACAGAUGCUUUACAAGCCACUGUCAUCAAGGAAUUGAUGCUAGAAUUCGAGGAAAGUCGGUUCGCUUGUAUCACAACUGAAACAUCACGGAACGAUGCCCUGUUUUCUAAUCUCGCCCACUACACGGUAAACAAUGGCCGACAAGCGGCCUCACCAAGGUGCAUUAUUCUCAGAGAAGACAAUCUGAUGGAAAAACUCAGCGCUGGAUUAGCAGCCAUCAGUGCAAGCGGCGUGCGGGUGCUCGUUGUACACUGUAAGAGCAAUGAGAGUACUGCCAUAAUAGCGCUCGCGAGAAAAUUCAGGUUUAAAUUGCUGGGACAAGAUUUUGUGUGGAUUUUCACUGAUAAAGCUGUUACUGCGGACGCAAGUUCUUUUCCCGAAGGCUCAUUUGGCAUAGAAAUCGCUCAAGGGAUUGGAAAUGCCAGUAUGUUAACGUUAUACAAAAGACUGUUAGAAGACUCGGUGAAACUAUUUGCCAACGGUUUGAUGAACGCGGUCACUGGCUUAACGCACAGAACAAAGUUGGAACGUCUGAAGGGGGAGCUUUUUACCACUCACAAAAGGCAGAUUUACAGGGAAAUGGUAUGUCAGAGUUUCCCUGGCCAAACGGGACCAGUCCAAUUCAGUCGCAACGGGGAACGAACCUCAUUCAGAUUUACCAUCGUCAAGGCCGUGCGACAGCACGAAGAGGCACAAGUUUGGCACGUCAUGGGACAUGCUUGUCCAGAAUGGAUCCAUGAUGACGGCCCACAUAAUCUAAAGGCCUUCUUACCAAAGGACCUACCCAAGCCGCGCCACUUGAGAAUAGUGACCAUUAAACACGAGCCUUUCACAGCGAUCCACGACGUCUAUUACAGCAGUAGACUGGGUACGAGUUGUCCGGCUAACACAGUCCCUUGUAGAGAGUUCAAUAACGGCAGCCACACUUCCUCAAACACGGCUCACGGAGGAUUGUGGAAACAAAGCGAAGGUGCCUCGAAAAUCCUGUGCUGUUACGGUGUUAUGAUCGACAUUUUGUUAAAAAUCUUAGAAACUGAAGAGUUCUCGUUCGAUCUUUACCUAGUCAAGGAUGGAAAAUAUGGAUCCCUGGACCCGGACACCAAACAAAUGAACGGAAUGAUCGGCGAUGUUUACCGAGGAUUUGCCGAUCUUGCUCUCGCAGUGAUUACGAUCACCGAAGAGCGUUCGGAGUACGUCGGUUUCACGACUCCUUACAUCGGAACUUCGCUGAAGUUCCUGGUCAAGCGGUUUAAAUCGAGGCCUAGAAAUUUUGCGCAAACAAUAAGCGACAUGCGACUUAUGAAAUCCUUUAGCAUGGAGUUGUGGUUUACAUGUUUAGCAGCUUUCUGUGCCAUUGCAAUAACCGUAUGGGGAAUAGAGAAAGUGUAUUAUUACAGGGAACAUAGAAGUCCGUAUCUUUUACCCUUCGAAUUCGUGGCUUACGUUUACGGUAACAUAUUUCAUGUACCACUCACGAAAAUUCAGGCCAAGACUUACUCCGUUCCUGUUGUGAUGGUAGUAGCGAACUUUGCAGCCCUAGUGUUAGUGAGCUCGUACACGGCCAACUUACUGGCUUCUCUCAUCACUGUGGAAGACAUCACUGUCGUAUCAGGCAUCGGGGACGAAAAGCUAGUAGAUCCACCUGAAGGAUUCACAUUUGGAACUAUAAAGGACACGAGCACAGAGGACUUCUUUAGAAAGAGUAGUAGUGCAAGGCUUAGAAAGAUUUAUGAAAACAUGAAAGAUCACAACGUGGAGACUUUCUCCGAUGGAAUGAAAAAAGUUCGAUCAGGGUGGGUUUUAUUAUUAUACAUAAAGCACGUGACAUUUAUUUCUCUUGUUGAGAUAUAUCAGACACUAAAGACCAUGUUUGACCACAUUUCCAAACACGGACAAGAGAGAUGAAAAUACGAUUGGCAGCGGAGUAUUUUUGACGAACUUCAAGGUGUUUGGAAAUGUUGUCAAACACGGUCUUUCGGGCAUUGUUUAUAUGUCUUCUCAUGAUCAAUCGAAACUAAAACUAAGGCGAAAACGGAGAAAUGAUAUUAUAAAUAUCUAUGCUAAUUAAGAUCAGAUAUCCAAAUGCUCUCUCGGUCACGAUUUUCUUUGCUGAACCUUAUGAGAGUAUAAAUGGGGGUUUUGGUAAUACAGUGAAACCUGUAUUAAGCCGGCGGACCCC